AUGUACCAGCUAAGAAUGAACCACCAAUCACAUAUUCUAAUUAAUGGAACUACAUCAACUGCACCAUUACAAUAUUAUGUCGGUAACAACACUCAAAACACAAAUGGCUCUGAUUCACAAAAUCAGAAUGUUCAUGUCCAGCUUGUGAAGGAAGGACAAGCACAUCAGAGAUAUAUCAUUAAUCGACAAUAUCAAAACACAUCAUCUGUCCAAAUCAUUCCACACUGUUCAGAAAAUUCAGUUGAGCUUUACUGGUUAAUCGUUGAAAUCGAGUCUAAUAAUGAAGUAAAUUCUUAUUCACUUGUUGAAUCGAAAAAUGUCGUUGGCUUGCCACCAUUGAAAUCUCUUAGCACUGGUAAAAUGAUAACAAUCAUUGCAAAUGGUAUGCAUCGUCGUGCAACAGUUGUUCUUGCUUCUGACGACAAAGAUUUCAUCUUCAACGAGUACAGUCAAAUAAAUAAAAUUGCUGAGCACAACCUCAAUCUGAAACUCCGCGAUAAUCACGUUAGAAAGCGUCGUCGUAUAAGUGGAUCCGACAGUACUCGUAGAGAUAACGACGACGAUUCUUCAACUUCUGUUUGGUCAUCAGCAUCGCAAAGUAUGAACGCUGAACGUGUCAUGUCGCCAUCAGUUCAUGUUCAACAGAAGACGAGAAGUGAUCAAAGAUUCAUUCCACCAAUGAUGUUUGAUCAAGGAACUCAAGCUGAUCUCAGACCAAAAGCUGAUGGUUUGCAAGAUAAAUUUUAUGAACUUCAGAAACUCAUUGACUUGAACGAACAAAUGUUAAAUGAACAGAAAUUGCUUAAGAAAGAAGCAAAUGUUAGUCGAAUGCUUGUUGAAUCAUUUGCUGAAGAGUUCAAAGCACUUCGAAAGAGUAUUCAAGUUAUUGAAAGUAAAGUAGAAACCAUUGUUAAUGAUCGUGGACAAAUGACAGCAAUUGCUUCAAAUGAUUCACAAACAGAAACGCAAGAUGGUGCAGGAAGUGCAAAUGCUUCACUUUCUGCCAAUGAGAGUAAUUUAGAGUAUACAUUAGAAGAAAUAGAAGCUGAUGACAGUGGUCGAAGUACGUCACGAAUGUCGUAUCAUGAUCAGACUUCAAUGAUGUCAAAUUCAUCGGUUGACGGUUCGACCAAGAAAGAAAUUUUCCGACGAAGUAAUUCAUCUUCAAACUUUUCAUUAAACUCUUCUUCGUCAAUGCCGACGACAUCUUCCAAUAAUUUAAUCGAAGAGUGGGCUGACAUUGAAGGUGACAUGAAGAUUGGAGUUAAUGAAACGACCGUUCCCGUUCAUGUUUUACGAUCGAUUGAUUGGAAGAAUUAUAAAACAGCGACGAGAAAAUUAUUAAUUACAUUAUUCAGUCGCGAAACACUCGCAACACGUUCUUUGACUGGUCGUCCAUCUCCCGCUUUUCACGAUCGAAAUAAGCCAGUGAAAGGAAAACUAGAUCAAUUAGUUAUCAAUGAUAUUAUUCAGAUUAUCACGAGGAAAUGUGGAGUUCAAGAUAGUCAAUUGUUCAAAGUUUUAACAGUUGAAGACCUUUCUGCCUUUGUUUAUGAUGCGUUGGAUGGUAGAAUGGCAAGGAAAUGUCAUUUAAAGAGACUUGAAACGAUUUCUUGA